AGGGGUAUUUAAACGAAGACUGAUUCCUUGUCUUCACUUUCUUUUGGCCUGAUAUUCAGCAGUUGCUCUCAGGAGAGACAGAAGCUCUUUGGAACAUUUGUGAAGACUCCAGCAGAAAUGAACGCAGCUCCCCCUGCAGGAAGUGCCCUGGCCACGCCCGCCGGAGCCGCUGGCCCCACCACCCCAAAGAAGGGACCCCCCAAGUUCAAGCAGAGGCAGACCCGUACAUUCAAGAGCAAGGCUCCCAAGCCAGGCCAGAAAGGAUUUGGUGAUGACAUCCCCGGCAUGGAGGGUCUUGGCACAGACAUCACAGUGGUCUGCCCAUGGGAGGCCUUCGGCGACAUGGAGCUCAGCGAUCUGGCUAAAUACGGAAUCAUCUAAGCCUCCUGCCUCCUGCCUCCCCUCCACGUCUCAGCUUUCAACCUAUAGCACCUCCCUCUCUCCUAGUCUGGCACACCACCAGGAGGUGACCGGCCGUCCCCCUAAAGUCACCUGGUCACCCCGAAGCUGUUCGCAUGUCUGCUGUGAUCAGGCAAAGCAGCCUGAAAGAGAAAUAUGUUGGACGGAGGGAACACGGAACAGUUUAUUAUUAUCAUAUAAUACGAUUACACUGUAUUUUAUACCAGACACACAAUUCACUUGAUGGCAGACCAGGCCGACCCCUUAACUUCUUUACAAUAGCCUACCUCUGUCUCCUCUUCCCUGUCCUUUUAAUUCCGUCCUCCCUCGUCCAAUCCCUGAAGUCUCCUUCACUCUCCUGUGAACAUACAGCCACGGACACAAGCAAAAGACUAGCAACAACUAGCUUGUACUUCUCCAAACUCUACUCAUCUUCAUUAACCUCCUUCGUUACCCCGGUCCCGUUCUUUCCCGUUUAUUUUGUUUUUUUUGCAUGAUGUUUUUUACUUGUUGUCGCUAAAAGGCGUGUCACAGUGAACCCACAGAUCAAGAAUGGAUUAGAGCAGAGAGGAGGGUGUGUGAUAUACAAUGCUGUCAUAGAUCGUUAUGGUGGAGGCAAUCCCACUGUUAACCCACUGCCACCACACUGUCCGCUUAGUGUACAGUAUGCCAAUAAACAGAAGCCCCAAUAUAUUGAUGUGUUGCGCGCGCACACACACACACACACACACACACACACAUUUGUAUGACUGAAUGUGUCUGUGAGGUUGGAUGUACUGAUAGAUGAAUUAAAGUUUAUAUUUUCAAUA